AUGGCGAGUGGCAUGGAUGAGAAUUUCACAGGUGACUUUUUCCUCAACGCCUCAGAGGACACCCUCUUCACGGCCGAUCAGACGUUCACGUCCGACAUGCCAAAUGCGACAAAUCCCAGUGACGACUACACCCCCUACCCCGACCGCCCUGAGACCUACAUCGUGCCCGUGGUCUUCUCCAUCAUCUUCGUGGUGGGGGUGCUGGGCAACGGCACACUCGUGGUGGUGUUCGUCCGGCACCGCGCGAUGCGCAACAUCCCCAACACCUACAUCUUCUCGCUGGCUCUGGCCGACCUGCUGGUCAUCCUCAUCUGCGUGCCGCUCACGUCCAUCAUCUACACGAUGGACUCCUGGCCGUGGGGCGAGACGCUGUGCCGCGUGUCCGAGUUCGCCAAGGACAUCUCCAUCGGCGUGUCCGUCUUCACGCUCACCGCCCUCUCCGGCGAGCGCUACUGUGCCAUCGUGAACCCCCUGCGGAAGCUCCAGACGAAACCCUUGACCGUCUUCACAGCGGUCAUGAUUUGGAUUAUCGCCAUCCUCUUCGCCUUGCCAGUCGUCAUCAGAUCAACAGUGGUGGAGCGGCCGGUGAACAGGAACAAAACCAUUCUGAUUUGUGAUCCAUUCGGACCCGAGGAGGACAGCUUUAGGCCGACAUACAGAAAAUAUGCUGUAAUUGGAAAGGCUGUGACCUACUACUUCCUCCCGCUGACCAUUAUUGGGAUCUUGUACGCGUUAAUGGCGCGGCGACUUCACUUGAGUGCUCGCGAGAUGCCUGGUGAGUCUCUUGCAGCCCAAAGUCGCUCCCAGGCGAGAGCCAGAAGACAUGUUGCCCGAAUGGUGGUGACUUUCGUCAUUGUUUUCAUUGUGUGUUUCCUGCCGCAUCACAUUUUCCAAAUGUGGUUCCACUUGUAUCCGGACGCCGAGGAUGAUUAUGACGAAGUGUGGCACGUCUUCAGGAUAAUUGGAUUCUGCUUUGGCUUCCUCAACUCCUGCGCCAACCCGGUGGCGCUAUACUGCGUCUCCGGCGUCUUCCGGCAGUACUAUCAUCGCUACUUGUGCUGCCGGCGGUCGCCCUCCCACCGAGCCGGCCACUCCACCGCCACGGGCGUCUGUGAUACCAGCUUCACCUCCACGGUGCGCCGCGCCACCACCCAAGUCCCCCUGCCGAUGGGCCAGAACCCGGCCAGCAAUCACUGGUACGGCAACGGCAGCGACUGCCCCCCGUCGCCCCAGUGCGUGCGCUCCAAGUCCUCCAGGUCGCUGGGGAAGAGGUGA